AAUUAAACCAAGAGUCCCGGACCUUCUCAAACCUUCCUCUGCCUUUGAAAUUAUCCAAACUAAAAACAAAUCUGCGAUCAGUCUUCACUGAAGAAAAGCUUUCGCAAAAGAAGAAACCGAGACACUCAUUUGAAUUUGCUCAGACUUUGAAAUCUGAUAUAUAUUGAGAUCAACGUAGAACCUAACCUCAUGCGACGUUUUCCUGCUCUUAUAGAGAAGUUAAAACCGAUCUUCACGGUCUCAGGAUCAAACGGUAAAGUGGUAAGAACCAUUGUACCGAAGAAACCUGUGAACGAGAACAUUAGUGAAAGCGAAACAAUGAAGAAGAUGGAGGAAACGGUAGAGCCUAUGGUUGCCUUAAGUAGACCACCACCAUUUUCACCAUUUGUCGGUCCAGUGCUCAUGUAUUCCCUGCUUCAAUCAUGGACGUCUAGCCGCGACGAAGACGGCUAGUUGUGUCAGCCAAAGUUUCUUAACAAGAAGCUCUUAAAUCUUGUCUGAUAGACAAUAACUGAGUUUUUAGUAGAACCUUAUGAGAUGUUUAUUAGAGAUAAUAAAGGUUUGAUGUUGUUUAUAGUAAGUCGAUGGUUUGUUUGUUACAGUGACCAAUUCUCUCCAAUACCUUAAACACUGUAAGAAUUGAGUCAUGAUUUUACAAUUUGAAUGAUUAUGUGCUCUCAAACUCUCAUCAAAUGAUGGGAAUUCAAAACGAAAGCGUUUGAGAGUAUUG